AGUAUAGAGAUAGAAGAAGAAAUAAGUUUCGAUAACUACGUUUAUUUAAUGUUUGCUUAAUUCUAUAUUUCAAAUAACAUUGGUUUCAAUUGUUUGGAAAUCUGAUAUGGAACAAAAAGUCCUCAAAAAAGAAGUCGAUAUGCACGUUGAUUUAGUUCGCAAUAUGGACAUUAAACAAGAAAUUAAAAACGAAGUACCUACGGCAACAUUCCAAAAUGUAUUUAUUGAUAGUAUACAUAACAUAAAACAAGAAAUUAUUGAUGAUUCAGAUACACACCAAGCAAUCGAAGAAACUACGAUUGUAGGCAAAACAGAAGAGAACGAGUCUCAUAAAGCGAAUGAAAAAAAUUUUGGAAAUAAAUUAAAAUAUUUAAAACAUCGAAGACGAAUUAUUUCGAAAGAACUACUGAAAACUGGGAAACAAAUAAGCUCAAAUACUAUCGGUGGGAUUAGAAUAUGUGAGUUUUGUGGAAAUUUAUACACAAAACGAACACAAUUCAUUUGCCAUUUCUUUACAAAUCAUUUUAUUAAAUUACAAAAUAAGAGGAAAUUUGACCCUCAAAAUAUUAAUAGCACAAAUAUUGUAUUAACUAAUCUCAGUUUGAAAAAUGAAAUAGUUGAACAUGAUUUAAAGUUGAACGAUAAUAUCCAUGCUCAUACAAGUGGAAAACCAUUCAAAUGUAACAUUUGUUCAAAAACUUUUUCUCGAAGAUAUGAUUUAAAUUUGCAUAUACGUAGUCAUAAUGGAGAAAAGCUAUUUACAUGCGACAUUUGUUUCAACACAUUUUCCCGUAAGAGUAGUUUAAAUUCCCACGUGCGUAUACACACUGGAGAAAAACCAUUUAAAUGUAACAUUUGUUUAAAAACUUUUUCUCGGAGAUAUGAUUUAAAUUCGCAUAUACGUAGUCAUACUGGAGAAAAGCCAUUCACAUGCGUCAUUUGUUUCAACACAUUUUCCCGUAAGAGUAGUUUAAAUUCCCACAUGCGUAUACACACUGGAGAAAAACCAUUUAAAUGUGAUGUUUGCUUAAAAGCUUUUUCCCAUAAAAGUCAGUUAAGUUCACAUGCUUAUAGUCACACAGGAGAAAAGCCAUUCAAAUGUGACGUUUGUUUGAAAACAUUUUCCCUUAAAAGUAAAUUGAAUUUACAUGUUUACAGUCACACGGGAGAAAAGCCGUUCGAAUGUGACAUUUGUUCGAAAACAUUUUCACAGAAGUCUAAUUUGAAUUUUCAUUUACGUAUACACACAGGAGAGAAGCCGUUCAAAUGUGACUUUUGUUCAAAAACUUUUUCACAAAAAUAUUGUUUAAAUUCACAUUUUUAUAGUCACACAGGGGAAAAGCCAUUCAAAUGCGACGUUUGUUCAAAAACUUUUUUACAUAAGAAUAGUUUAAAUACACAUAUCCGUACACACGCUGAAGAAACCAUCCAAAAAAAUAUUUGUUCAAAAUAAUUAUAAUGUAAUAAAGGCACGCCUCAUAUAACAACCAAAUGUAAUUUACAUCAUCGGUGGUUUUAAUUGAAAAAUAACUGUGUAUAUACAGUUCAAACUUAUUUAAAAAAUAUUUAUGUGUAUAUUAAUUCAAAUUACCCGCCUUCUAAUUUGACUUGUGUUGACAAUUGAUAGUUUUUGUAUCUAUCUUCAUAAGACUAAUAAUUUAUCUAUGUGGUAUGAUGGUAGUCUACUUAAAACAUUUAUGUAAUACAUAUAUGAUUUAAACGAACAAUCUAGACUCUAUAAAAAGAAGCAGAAUUAAUGUAUUUUGAAAAGUAUGCGUAGUUCAACAUCCAUGUUUUAAACAAAUUUAUUUAUCUAUUACUUAACGAUAUUUUACGUAGGUAAUGUUAAAAUAUCAUAUAUGUAACUAUUACUAAUAAACUGAAUAUUCUUGAGAA